AUGUCUUUCCCUCCACCACCGCCUGGCAUGAGGCUGCCGCCCGGCAUGCCCGCGCCGCCGCCAGGCGCACCGACGAGCUCGCCGGGAGCCGGCCCGUCGAAGCUGUCGCCCGAACAGCUGGCAAUAAAGUCCCAGAAGUGGGUCCAGAUGCAGAGGAAGCGAUAUGGAGAGAAGCGCAAGGGCGGCUACGUGGACAUGGGGAAGCAGGACCUGCCGCCCGAGCAUGUGCGGAAGAUCAUCAAGGACCACGGCGACAUGAGCAACCGCAAGUUCCGCAACGACAAGCGCGUCCACCUCGGUGCUCUGAAAUACGUGCCGCACGCUGUGAUGAAGCUGCUGGAGAAUAUCCCGUUCCCCUGGGAGCAGGUCCGCGAAGUCCCCGUCCUCUACCAUAUCACGGGCGCCAUCACUUUUGUGAACGACAUUCCGCGCGUCAUUGAGCCCGUCUACCAUGCUCAGUGGUCCAGUAUGUGGCUGGCAAUGCGACGAGAAAAGCGUGACCGUCGGCACUUCAAGCGUAUGCGUUUCCCACCCUUUGACGACGAGGAACCGCCUUUGGACUACGGCGACAACGUGCUGGACGUGGACCCGCUUGAAGCCAUUCAGCUGGAGCUUGACGAGGACGAGGACAAGCCGAUCAUCGACUGGUUCUACGACCCAAAGCCGCUCAUCGACACCAAGCAUGUGAACGGCUCCUCGUACAAGUACUGGAACCUGCCCCUGCCCAUAAUGGCGAACCUGUACCGAUUCGGUCGCACCCUGCUUUCAGACCACACAGACAUCAACGCCUCGUACCUGUUCGACAAGAAGUCGUUCUUUACGGCCAAGGCGCUCAAUAUGGCUAUCCCGGGAGGUCCCAAGUUCGAGCCGCUGUACCGCGACAUGGACAAUUUUGACGAGGACUGGAACGAGUUCAACGACGUCAACAAGGUCAUCAUCCGUCAACCCAUCAGGACGGAGUACAAGGUUGCCUUCCCGCACUUGUACAACUCGCUGCCCCGUUCGGUGCACAUCUCGCCCUACCACGUGCCCAAGAACGUAUACAUCCGCACAGACGACCCCGACCUCCCGGCGUUCUACUACGACCCGCUCAUCAACCCCAUCUCCCUUCGUGGCGCUACACCCAAGAACAUGCCUCUCGUCUCUCACGAGGACAACAUCUUUGGGCCGAACGGUGCAGAUGACGAUGAGUUUGAGUUGCCGGACGACGUCGUGCCUUUCAUGGAGGACGCGUCGCUUGAGACAGACCUGACAGCCGACGCCAUCGCGCUCUGGUGGGCCCCGGAGCCGUACUGCCGUCGCUCUGGCCACACGCGUCGCGCGCAGGACAUCCCACUCGUUAAGAACUGGUAUCUUGAGCACUGUCCGCCAGGCCAGCCGGUCAAGGUUCGCGUGUCGUACCAGAAGCUCCUUAAGUGCUUCGUCUUGAACGAGUUGCGGACGAGGCCCGAGAAGCCGAUGGGGAAGAGGAACUUGUUCAGGCAGCUCAAGGCGACGAAGUUCUUCCAGACUACGAAACUGGACUGGGUUGAGGCGGGCUUGCAGGUUUGCAGGCAGGGUUACAAUAUGUUGAACCUGCUUAUUCACCGCAAGAACUUGAACUACUUGCACUUGGACUACAACAUGAACUUGAAGCCGGUCAAGACGCUGACGACGAAGGAACGUAAAAAGUCGCGCUUCGGAAACGCGUUCCACUUGUGCCGCGAGAUCCUGCGCCUCACAAAACUGAUUGUCGACGCCCACGUCCAGUACCGUCUUGGCAACGUCGACGCUUUCCAGCUCUCGGACGCGAUCCAGUACAUCUUCGCUCACGUCGGCGCGCUCACGGGCAUGUACCGUUACAAGUACAAGCUCAUGCGUCAAGUCCGCAUGACGAAGGACCUCAAGCACUUGAUCUACUACCGCUUUAACACCGGUCCCGUCGGCAAAGGUCCUGGUGUUGGCUUCUGGGCGCCUGGAUGGCGCGUAUGGCUAUUCUUCAUGCGUGGUAUCGUCCCGCUCCUCGAGCGCUGGCUCGGUAACCUCCUCGCUCGCCAGUUCGAGGGCCGUAACUCGAAGGGUGUUGCCAAGACCGUAACGAAGCAGCGUGUUGAGUCGCACUACGAUCUGGAGCUCCGCGCGGCGGUCAUGCACGAUAUUCUGGACAUGAUGCCCGAGUCGAUCAAGCAGAACAAGGCCAAGACGAUCUUGCAGCAUCUGAGCGAGGCGUGGAGGUGUUGGAAGGCAAACAUUCCGUGGAAGGUCCCGGGUAUGCCGACUGCCAUCGAGAACAUCAUUCUCCGCUAUAUCAAGAGCAAGGCAGACUGGUGGACUUCGGUGGCACACUACAACCGUGAGCGUAUCCGCCGCGGUGCUACAGUCGACAAGGCCGUCGUGAAGAAGAACCUUGGUCGCCUGACGCGUCUGUACCUCAAGGCCGAGCAGGAGCGCCAGCACGGCUACCUCAAGGAUGGGCCUUACAUCAGCGCCGAGGAGGCCGUUGCGAUCUACACGGCUACGGUGCACUGGCUCGAGUCGCGCAAGUUCGCGCCGAUCCCCUUCCCGCCGCUGUCGUACAAGCACGACACGAAGCUCCUCGUCCUUGCGCUCGAGAAGCUGAAGGAGGCAUACUCCGUCAAGGGUCGCCUGAACCAGUCUCAGCGUGAAGAGCUUGCGCUCAUCGAGCAGGCGUACGACAACCCGCACGAGUGCCUGAGUCGUAUCAAGCGUCUGCUGCUCACGCAGCGCGCUUUCAAGGAGGCCGGCAUCGAGUUCUUCGACACGUACGACAAGCUUAUCCCGUGCUACGACAUCGAGCCCGUCGAGAAGAUCACGGACGCCUACCUCGACCAGUUCCUCUUCUUCGAGGCCGACAAGCGCGGGUUGUUCCCGAGCUGGAUCAAGCCGGCCGAUACGGAACCGCCGCCGUUGUUGGUGUACAAGUGGUGCCAGGGUAUCAACAACCUGACGGAUAUCUGGGAGACGAGCGAGGGAGAGUGCGAUGUCAUGAUGGAGACGGUGUUCAGCAAGGUGUAUGAGAAGAUUGACUUGACGCUGCUCAACCGUCUACUUCGGCUCAUCUUGGACCACAAUUUGGCGGACUACAUCACGGCAAAGAACAACACGGUGCUCACGUACAAGGACAUGGCGCACACAAACGCCUACGGCCUCAUUCGUGGGCUGCAGUUCAGCGCCUUCGUGUUCCAGUACUAUGGCCUUAUCCUCGACAUCCUCAUCCUCGGCCUACAACGUGCUUCGGAGAUGGCCGGUCCGCCACAAGCGCCGAACAACUUCUUGCAGUACCGCGACUCUGCGACGGAGACGCGCCAUCCCAUUCGCUUGUACUCGCGCUAUGUCGACCGCAUACACGUGCUGUUUAGGUUCACGGCCGACGAGGCGCGCGAUCUUAUCCAGCGGUACUUAUCUGCCAACCCCGAUCCUACGAACAACAAUGUCAUCGGGUACAACAACAAGCGCUGCUGGCCUCGCGACUGUCGUAUGCGCCUGAUCAAGCACGACGUCAACCUCGGCCGCGCGGUAUUUUGGAACGUCAAGCAGUCACUGCCGCGCUCCCUGACGACCAUCGAAUGGGAGGACACAUUCGUGUCUGUGUACUCGAAAGAUAACCCUCAGCUGUUGUUCAGCAUGUGCGGGUUCGAGGUGCGGAUUCUGCCGAAGAGUAGGACGGCGAGCGGGGAGCAGUUUAGUUUGAAGGACGCGGUUUGGAACUUGACGAAUGAGCAGACGAAGGAAAGGACGGCGCAGGCGUUCUUGAGGGUCUCCGAUGAGGGCGUGCAGCAGUUCAACAACCGUAUCCGCCAGGUACUGAUGUCGUCUGGUUCGACGACGUUCAGCAAGAUCGUGAACAAGUGGAAUACGGCGCUUAUCGGAUUGAUGACGUAUUACCGCGAGGCCGUCAUCCACACCAACGAGCUCCUCGACGCUCUUGUCAAGGCGGAGAACAAGAUUCAGACGCGUGUCAAGAUUGGAUUGAACUCGAAGAUGCCGAGUCGAUUCCCGCCGGUCGUGUUCUACACGCCCAAGGAGCUCGGUGGUCUCGGUAUGUUGUCCAUGGGCCACGUCCUCAUCCCGCAGUCCGACUUGCGCUGGUCGAAGCAGACCGACGUCGGCGUCACGCACUUCCGCGCCGGCAUGUCGCAUGAGGAGGACCAGCUCAUCCCCAACUUGUACCGUUACCUACAACCGUGGGAGGCCGAGUUCCUGGACUCCGCGCGCGUUUGGUCCGAGUACUCGCUCAAGCGCAAAGAGGCGAACGCGCAGAACCGCCGCCUGACGCUCGAGGAUCUGGAGGACAGCUGGGACCGCGGUAUCCCGCGUAUCAACACGCUGUUCCAGAAGGACCGGCAUACGCUCGCGUACGACCGUGGUUGGCGUGUACGGACGGAUUGGAAGCAGUACCAGCUCCUCAAGCACAAUCCGUUCUGGUGGACUAGUCAGCGGCACGACGGAAAGCUGUGGCAGCUCAACAACUACCGUGUCGACGUUAUCGCCGCGUUGGGCGGUGUGGAGGGUAUCCUGGAGCAUACGCUGUUCAAGGGGACGUACUUCCCGACUUGGGAGGGUCUGUUCUGGGAGAAGGCGUCAGGCUUUGAGGAGAGCAUGCGGUACAAGAAGUUGACAAACGCACAGAGGAGCGGUUUGAACCAGAUCCCGAAUCGUCGGUUUACGCUUUGGUGGAGUCCGACGAUCAAUCGUGCGAACGUCUACGUCGGUUUCCAGGUCCAGUUGGAUUUGACGGGUAUCUUCAUGCACGGCAAGAUCCCGACGCUGAAGAUCUCGCUCAUCCAGAUCUUCCGUGCUCACUUGUGGCAGAAGAUCCACGAGUCAGUCGUCAUGGACUUGUGUCAAGUGUUUGAUCAGGAGCUUGAGCCGCUGCAGAUCGAGACGGUACAGAAGGAAACGAUUCACCCCCGUAAGAGUUACAAGAUGAACUCAUCUUGCGCGGACAUUCUGCUCUUCUCCGCGUACAAGUGGAACAUCUCGCGCCCUUCCCUUGUCACCGAUAACAAGGAUGUGAUGGACGGCACGACAUCGAACAAGUACUGGAUCGACGUCCAGCUCCGUUGGGGUGACUUCGACUCGCACGACAUCGAGCGUUACACGCGCGCGAAGUUCCUCGACUACGUCUCCGACUCGAUGUCCAUCUACCCGUCGCCGACUGGUGUCAUGAUCGGCAUGGACCUCGCGUACAACCUCUGGAGCGCGUACGGCAACUGGUUCCCCGGCAUGAAGCCUCUGAUUCAGCAGGCAAUGGCGAAGAUCAUGAAGGCGAACCCGGCUUGCCACGUCCUGCGCGAGCGUAUCCGCAAGGGUCUGCAGUUGUACUCGUCCGAGCCGACGGAGCCGUACCUCAACAGUCAGAACUACUCCGAGUUGUUCUCGAACCAGAUCAUUUGGUUCGUUGACGACACGAACGUCUACCGUGUCACAAUCCACAAGACGUUCGAGGGUAACUUGACGACCAAGCCCAUCAACGGCGCCAUCUUCAUCUUCAACCCGCGUUCCGGCCAGUUGUUCCUCAAGAUCAUUCACACGAGUGUCUGGGCCGGUCAGAAGCGUCUUGGACAGCUCGCGAAGUGGAAGACGGCCGAGGAAGUGGCUGCGCUCGUACGUUCGCUGCCCGUCGAAGAACAGCCGAAGCAGGUCAUCGUCACGCGCAAGGGCAUGCUCGACCCGCUUGAGGUGCACUUGCUCGACUUCCCGAACAUCGUCAUCAAGGGCUCUGAGCUGCAGCUUCCGUUCCAAGCGUGCAUGAAGAUGGAGAAGUUCGGUGAUCUCAUUCUUCGCGCUACUCAACCGCAGAUGGUUUUGUUCAGCCUGUACGACGACUGGCUCAAGUCGAUCUCCAGCUAUACUGCGUUCUCCCGCCUCAUCCUCUUGCUCCGUGGCCUUCACGUCAACAACGAGAAGGCGAAGAUCAUUCUCCACCCCGACAAGAACACUAUUACUGAGCCUCACUUCGUCUGGCCGACAUUGUCGGACGAGGAGUGGAUCAAGGUUGAGGUGGCGAUGAAGGACCUCAUCCUCGCAGACUUCGGCAAGCGCAACAGCGUCAACAUCGCGUCGCUCACCGCCAGCGAGAUCCGUGACAUCAUCCUUGGUCAGGAGAUUGCGGCGCCAUCGGUGCAGCGUCAGCAGAUGGCCGAGCUCGAGAAGAACACCGAGGCGCAGAACCAGGUCACUGCUAUCCAGACGCAGACGACCAACGUGCACGGCGACACGAUCCAGACGGUGACGACCACGAACUAUGAGCAGCAGACGUUCAGCUCGAAGUCCGACUGGCGUGUGCGCGCGAUCGCCGCGACGAACCUUCCCCUUCGCCUUCAGCACAUCUACGUCUCGAACGACGACGUCAAAGACGACGCGGCCUCGUACACCUAUGUUCUUCCGAAGAACAUCCUCCGCGCCUUCGUCACCGCCUCGGACCUGCGCACACAAGUUGCCGCGUACCUCUACGGUGUCUCGCCGCCAGACAACAAGCAGGUCAAGGAGAUUAAGGCUGUUGCUUUCGUCCCGCAGAUGGGCAACAACAACUCGGUGCAGCUCCCGCACCAGUUGCCGCGCGAUCAGUAUCUGCUCAAGGACCUCGAGCUACUCGGUUGGAUCAAGACGCAGGCUCUCGAGCUUCCGCACCUCUCGCCGUCGGACGUCUCGACGCAGGCUCACUUGAUGGCCGACCAUCCCGAGCUCGGAUCAAACUCUAUCUGCAUCACCGCCGCGUUCACACCCGGUUCCGUCUCGCUCUCCGCCCACCAGCUCUCAAUUGCGGGCUUCGAGUGGGGACGCAAGAACCAGGAUCCGUCGCCGAACCCGCCAGGCUUCAACCCGAACAUGUCCGAGCGCGUGCAGCUCCUGCUGUCCGAUCGUAUUCUGGGCAUGACGCUCGUGCCCGAGGGCAAGAUCUGGAACUACGGCGUCGGUCUCACGCAGCUCUGGUCGCAGAACCUUGGGUACGCGAUGACGCUCGACGUGCCUAUUCCGUUCUGGGACGAGAUGCAUCGGCCAACGGCGUUCCUCACGUUCGCGCAGAUGGAGACAGGCGAGGAGAGUGCGGAUGUGGAGAACUCGUUUGCGUAG